AUGCCUCCCAGAGCUCGGAGGGGUCGACUAUCGGAGCGCCGUGCCGCUGCAACCUCAACGGGAGCCGGUAGUGAUGCGAAACCCAGUGAGGUAUUCCACUUUGUCAGCGUCAAUCCAUCGUCUGAAUUUCAAAAGUCCGAAAACAGAUCUGUGAUCCGUUCGCACGCCAGCAAAUAUAUCUGGCGUCAGCAUCGGGCUAGUCGUACAGAUGGCAACAACCCCAAUUCUGGCACAGCGAAAUCUGUUCCCUCACGAAAACAACUUUUAAUCGCUCCAACCUCCUCGUAUGGUGCAGCGAAGGAGACGCCAUGGCCAUUAUUAUCGGACGGCACCGAGGGCGAGGAGCCUGUCUUAACCCUUGCUCCUCCCGAUGAAUACAAUGUGUCUCCCUCUGAUGAUGAAGAUACGGUAAACUCUCGGGAGAUACAGCCCGUAGGUAACGAAGUUGACAACAAUGGAGAAGUCUCUAAGUUUGCUUCGAACACCCAAUUGGCCCAAUCGAGUAUGGAAUCAGCAGCAGUUAUAUACGCAGACGAAAGGAAUACGAUGCCCGGUCCAUUUAACCAACUCAUGGCGUUUAUCGGGGAGCCGGCAAAUACAUUUCCUUCCAUGCUUGGAGGAUCCUCAGUUAGCAAGCUGAUGCGGUACGCUAUUUUUGAUCUUUGGCCUGGUCUUGUACUCGGUGCUGGAAACAAAAAAUGGACACAAGAAGAUGUAGCGCAAUCCUGGCUUCCCCGAUCAAUGAGUCAUCCAGCCUUAUUCACAGCAUUUUUGUACGGAGCCGCAGGCCACUUGCAGACUCGGCAACGGCUGGAGAGUGCAGUCAUAGCACCUCAGACGCGCGAGGAGAAGCUAGAGCAGAUUGUUUGCGAGGCGGAGACCAUCAAACAGUUGAAUAAAAUGAUGCUUGACCCGCAAAAAACCGCCCUUGACGAAGUUAUCCUAGCAGUUCUGUGCAUGGCUUUCAAUAAGACCGACUACUCCAAGUGGACAUCUGACAUCGAUCCAGCUCCCAAGGCCCCCUUGCGCAAUCUCCAAUGGCUCCAAGUGUAUGGUGGUCUAUCACUCAAUGACCAGCACGUCAAAGGACUUCUUGCACUGAUCCAGACGCGCGGCGGUCUGGAUCAGCUCAAACUGCCAGGGUUGGCAGAAACCCUUUCAGUGUCGUCUAUAAUGCUCUCCACCAAAUAUCUCGCGAAGCCCCGCCUGCCUUUCUUUCCAAUUUUUAAAGAUAGUAUCUCCGGCAAAACGCCAAAGUGGCCGAAUCUCUCCUCACAUACCUGCCCUAUGCCUAUUGACAUAAUAAAUCCCUCCUUGAAUAUCCAACCUAGCCCCGCCCCUUAUCGCCCCAACAAUAGUAGUAACAAUGCCAAGGGUAUCAACACCAGCAGUAGCACUGGGACCACCAGCCCAGGCGACAUAUUCGCACGAUCUAACAUCCCCACAGCCCUAGCAACCGUCCUACGCCAGAUCCAGAACUAUAGCACAGUCGUUAACCUGCACAGCCAGGGCCUCCUCCCCUAUCUAGAGCUCGCCGUAAUUGCCGAUCGGCGCAACUGGGUCCAAUAUGAGCUCUUGAGCCUGAAGUCCAUAAACGAAUUGAAGGAAGAAAUAGAAGUUGUCGGUCCCAGCAGCCCUACCUCAAUAAGCCAGCAGCCCUACAACUACAAAAUCUACGAACCCCUCCGGCUCACUGCAUUGAUAUACAGCAUGCUGGUGAUUUACCCCUUACCACCCGCCAAACGACCCUUCCCCCGCCUGUGUCGGAUGUUGAAAGCGGCGCUCGUAGCCGCGGACAUCGAGAACAUCACCCCCGAUGAUUCCUGUAGUAAUUACCACUGCUGGGCUGGAGCUGCAGAGAUGUUGCUGUGGGUAACGAUGUUAGGAACCAUGGCGGCGAGGAAUACACCAAGUGAAGACUGGUAUGUAGAACGAUGUAGGGAUGUGAUGAGGUUUGUUGGGGUUCGGAGCUGGGAGCAGCUUAAGGCGGUAAUGAUCACGGUUAUGUGGAUGGACUGUGUGUGUGAUAUGGGUGGGAUGGCGGUGUGGCUUGAGGUGGGUGUUGGGAAUUGGAGUGAUAUUGAGAGCCAGCACAGGAGGGUUGGAGAUGGCAGUGGAAUUCCGCUUGCUGAAAGGGAUUGGCUGAUUUGA